AUGAGCCCUGAAAGGUCCCAAGAGGAGAGCCCAGAAGAAGACACAGAGAGAACAGAGCAGAAGCCCACGGUCAAAGAUGCCUUCAAAGACAUUUCCAUAUACUUCACCAAGGAAGAAUGGGCAGAGAUGGGAGACUGGGAGAAAACUCGCUAUAGGAACGUGAAAAGGAACUAUAAUGCACUGAUUACUAUAGGUCUCAGAGCCACUCGACCGGCUUUCAUGUGUCACCGAAGGCAGGCCAUCAAACUCCAGGUGGAUGACACAGAAGAUUCUGAUGAAGAAUGGACACCUAGGCAGCAAGUGAAACCUCCUUGGAUGGCCUUAAGAAUGGAACAGCGUAAACACCAGAAGGGAAUGCCCAAGGCGUCAUUCAGUAAUGAAUCUAGUUUGAAAGAACUGUCAGGAGCGGCAAAUUUACUGAAUGCAAGUGGCUCAGAGCAGGCUCAGAAACCAGUGUCCCCUCCUGGAGAAGCAAGUACCUCUGGACAGCAUUCUAGACUAAAACUGGAACUCAGGAGGAAGGAGACUGAAGGAAAGAUGUAUAGCCUGCGAGAAAGAAAGGGUCAUGCAUACAAAGAGGUCAGCGAGCCGCAGGAUGAUGAUUACCUCUAUUGUGAGAUGUGUCAGAACUUCUUCAUUGACAGCUGUGCUGCCCAUGGGCCCCCUACAUUUAUAAAGGACAGUACAGUGGGCAAGGGGCAUCCCAACCGUUCAGCCCUCAGUCUGCCCCCAGGGCUGAGAAUUGGGCCAUCAGGCAUCCCUCAGGCUGGGCUUGGAGUAUGGAAUGAGGCAUCUGAUCUGCCGCUGGGUCUGCACUUUGGCCCCUAUGAGGGCCGAAUUACAGAAGACGAAGAGGCAGCCAACAAUGGAUACUCCUGGCUGAUCACCAAGGGGAGAAACUGUUAUGAGUAUGUGGAUGGAAAAGAUAAAUCCUGGGCCAACUGGAUGAGGUAUGUGAACUGUGCCCGGGAUGAUGAAGAGCAGAACCUGGUGGCCUUCCAGUACCACAGGCAGAUCUUCUAUAGAACCUGCCGAGUCAUUAGGCCAGGCUGGAACUGCUGGUCUGGUAUGGGGAUGAAUAUGGCCAGGAACUGGGCAUCAAGUGGGGCAGCAAGUGGAAGAAAGAGCUCAUGGCAGGGAGAGAACCAAAGGCAGAGAUCCAUCCGUGUCCCUCAUGCUGCCUGGCCUUUUCAAGUCAGAAAUUUCUCAGUCAACAUGUGGCACGCCAUCACUCCUCUCAGAACUUCCCAGGACCAUCUGCAAGAAAAUUCCUCCAACCAGAGAAUCCCUGCCCAGGGGAUCAGAAUCAGGAGCAGCAAUAUUCUGAUCCACGCAGCUGUAAUGACAAAACCAAAGGUCAAGAGAUCAAAGAAAGGUCCAAACUCUUGA